GCUCUCUCUCAGUCUCAGAUUCUCUCUAGUCUCUUCGUUCUCUGUUCCUUCUAUCAAAGAUUGUCAGAUUCACAGGAAGAGGGUUUGGGAGAAAAGUUCAAAUACUUUGGUGUUUUCUACAAUUCAGUUAAUUUGGCCCUUUUGGGUUCGGCGGGUUCUUAGGAAAUCGAAAUCAAAGACACUCUCUUUAUCUUCUCAGGUUCAUGAAUCAUGUCAAAAUUUAAAACUAUCGAUUCAUUCUUCAAAAGGAAAGAAGCUGACAUUUCGAAAAGUAAUACAUUGUUGGAAUCUAAUGCCGAAACUUCAAAUCCCAAUGAGCGUCAUCUUAAAUCUCCAAGGGUUGAAGAUGAAGAACAUCCUUUUGAAUCUCCAAUUGCGGAAACACAAGAGAUUUAUUUUAAAUCAUCCACACUCAAUGUUAAUGAAGUUGAUGUUUCUUCUAUUUCUAUAGAGCGAGAUCCAGGAUUACGUCCUCCGAUGUGGGACUAUCCAGUCAAUCGACGUGAUGAAAUAAGACGGGCUUAUUUGAAACAUGGUCCAAAUCGAUUUAUUCUUGCAAAUUAUCCACUUUCUGGACCAGAAAAUCACCCUCGUCGCUUUCAAGCCUCUUGGUUCACACAAUUUCCUUGGCUUGAGUAUUCUCGUUCCAAGGAUGCUGCAUAUUGUCUACCAUGUUAUCUUUUUACUAUGAAAAGAGAUGGACGUCCUGGAUGGGAUGUAUUUACUAUCAAGGGAUUUAGAAAUUGGAGAAAAGUUCAUGAGGGAAAAAAUUGUGCCUUUUUGACUCAUAUUGGGGAGGAUCCUUGUUCACCUCAUAAUAAUGCUAUGAAAUCUUAUGAGGAUUUACGAAAUCAAUCACGGCAUAUCGAUAAAGUAUUGAAUGCACAAAGUAUGGAACAAAUUCAAAAUAAUCGACUACGUGUGAAAACUUCUAUUGAUGCUACUCGGUGGCUUGCAUUUCAAGGAUGUGCGUCUAGAGGUCAUGAUGAGACUGUUGAUUCAAAAAAUCGAGGUAAUUUUCUUGAGCUGAUUAAACUUUUGGCAUCAUAUAAUGAUAAAGUUGCAAGUGUUGUUUUGGAAAAUGCUCCAAAAUCUGCGAGGUAUAUUUCACAUACAAUUCAAAAGGAGAUUUUGCAAGUCAUUGCAAGUAAAGUGCGAGAGAAAAUUCGCGAAGAUAUUGGAGACUCUAAAUUUUGCAUCAUUGUUGAUGAGGCACGUGAUGAGUCUAAGAGAGAACAAAUGGCAAUUGUUUUGAGAUUUGUUGACAAAGAUGGUUUUAUACAAGAACGUUUCUUUGAUAUAGUUCAUGUUAAAGAUACAUCGACAUUGACUCUAAAGAAUGGAAUAUCUGAUGUUCUCUUUCGUUAUUGCCUUGAUAUUCAAAAUAUCCGUGGACAAGGAUAUGAUGGUGCUAAUUGUUCUUGUGCAUACUAUGUUCAUUGUUUUGCUCAUCGAUUACAAUUAGCAUUAGUUGCUGCAUCUAGAGAGGUGUCUCUUGUUCAUGUGUUCUUCACAAAUUUGAACUUUGUUAUCAAUGUGGCCAGUGCUUCAUGUAAACGUCAUGAUCAACUACAAGCUGUUCAUGCAACACAAAUUGCACAUAUGGAAGCUAUUGGUGAGCUUGAAACUGGAAAAGGGGCUAAUCAAAUUGGCACUUUGAAACGAGCUGGUGAUUCUCGUUGGGGUUCGCAUUUUAAUUCUAUUUGUAGCCUAAUAAGGAUGUUUGAUGCUACUUGUACAGUGCUUGAAGAUGUUGAAAGAGAAGGAGGUACUUACUCUCAACGAGGAGAUGCUAAGGUUGCUUAUAAAAUGCUUACAUCCUUCGAGUUCAUAUUUAUUUUACAUCUAAUGAAGGAAAUUAUGGGCAUUACUGAUGUUCUUUGUCAAGUUUUGCAGCAAAAAUCUCAAGACAUUUUGAAUGCUAUUAAUUCAGUUUCUAUUGCAAAAAAACUUAUCCAAAAGUUGAGAGAUGAUGGUUGGGAUAAUUUGCUUGAGAACAUUGUCUCUUUCUCCAAGAAAGCUGAAAUUGGCAUUCCGGAUUUGAGUGCUCCUUAUAUUGAAGGUCGAGGUCGUAGUCAAAAGAAUCACAUUACAUUGGAGCAUCAUUAUCAUUUUGACAUAUUCAAUACUACUAUCGACUUUCAAUUGCAAGAGCUUGAUAGUAGGUUUGGUGAAAAGGCGAUGGAACUUUUGACACUUAGCUCUGCUUUGAAUCCAAAAGAUGCUUAUGAAUCCUUUAAAAUUGACGAUAUAUGUAUCCUUGCAGAGAAGUAUUAUCCUCUUGAUUUUUCUGAGCAGGAGAAAAUUAAUUUGAGAUAUCAGUUGAGGUAUUUUGAAGUUGAUGUGCUUACUGAUCCGACAUUACAAAAUUUGUCUUCCAUUGCAGAAUUAUGCCAAGGAUUGGCAAAGGCGAAAAAAUCAAAGACAUAUGAUCUUAUUGAUAGAUUGAUUCGUCUUGUUUUGACUCUUCCAGUGUCUACAGCAACUACCGAACGAGCAUUUUCAGCAAUGAAAAUUGUUAAAACACGACUUCGUAACAAAAUGGAGGAUGAUUUUCUUGCAAAUAGUUUAGUUCUCUAUAUUGAAAGGGAAAUUGCUGAGAGUUUCGAUUUAGAUUCGAUACUUGAUGAUUUUGUACUUCUAAAAGACCGUAAAGUGCAGUUCUAG